AUGGCACCCCCCACCAGUGUGCUCUCCUCUUUACUGCUGCUGGCCACUGUUGCAGGUUGUGCCUGUGGCCCGUGCAGCGAGGGGAGGACAUUCGCCAAUGCCGUCAUUUCACCAAACCUGGAAACUACCCGAAUCGCAUGGGUGCCUCAGACCAGCCCCGUGGCGGACUGCACGGCCGCGUGCUGUGACCUGGCCCUCUGUGACCUGGCCUGGUGGUUUGAGGGCCGCUGCUACCUGGUGAGCUGCCCGCGCUCCGAGAGCUGCGAGCCCAGGGAGAUGGGCUCCGUCAGGUCCUACCUCACCUUCGUGGGCAGGCCGGCCCGCAGGCCCUGGCAGCUCCUCCGCUACAGGGAGAUGGUGCUCCGCAGGAGGUCCCCCUCGGGACUCUGGGGGGACUCUCCUGAGGGUCUCAGAAAGGACUUGUCUCCUCUGGGCCCCGCUCUCCGCCUGAGAAGGGCGUCGGAGUACUCCGAUGACUACAGGGACCCUGAGCAAGACCACUUCCAGCCCCUCAGCAAGCAGGAGCCCAGAGGCAGUGCCGAGUACACCGACUGGGGCCUGUUCCCGGGUGGCCCCUCUGCUGGAGACGGCCUGCCCGGGGCCGCCGAGGAGCAGGAGGACCCUGAGUGGGGCCCAGAGGAGAUGUCGGAGUACUCCGAUGACUACAGGGACCCUGAGCAGGACCCCUUCCAGCCCCUCAGCAAGCAGGAGCCCAGAGGCAGUGACGAGUACAUGGACUGGGGCCUGUUCCCGGGCAUCCCCUCUGCUGGAGACGGCCUGCCCGGGGCCGCCCAGGAGCAGAAGGAUCCUGUGCUCCAUCCGCUGAAUGGGUCAGCACGGACCCCGGCCCCAAAACGAUCCUCGGAGAGCAGGACGUCGCUGCCCUGGGUGACAGCUCCACCUUCCAGAGAGGCCUUGGGAAGGGAGACUGUUGGGCUCCAGGACGCAUCUAGCAGUGGCUCUGGGGAAGAGGUUCUAAUGCCUUCCCGUCAUCCUUCUCCAGCCAGACUGGAGUUCAGCCCAGCCUCUACUGAGGAGAGCCCACUUCUCACAGUCCCCACAAGGAGCCCGGAUCAUGGCGCCCCAACCCGUCCCGCUAGCCUCAUCCCUGCUGAGUCCACCCCGUCAGAGCAACCUGUAUCUCCGACCACUGCUCCCCGGACAGUGAAAGAACUCUUGGUGUGGGCUGGCGAGAAUCGAAUUGUGACUUUGCCGGAGCGCAAGGUGGAACUGAAGGCUUCUGUCGUGCCCGCACCGCCUGCAGUCUAUGUCAACUCAGUAACACAAGGCCCUUUGAGGCCCUCGUUGGCCUCCCCUGGGCCUGGGCCAGUGAUGGUUGCAGGGUGGGCAGCAGCCGUAUUCCAAGGGGUCGAUGGCAGAGCUUGUCAGCAAAGUCGAACAGGAGGCAUUCUUGUUGUGCCUGUGGCCCCGUGCAGCGAGGGGAGGACAUUCGCCAAUGCCGUCAUUUCACCAAACCUGGAAACUACCCGAAUCGCAUGGGUGCCUCAGACCAGCCCCGUGGCGGACUGCACGGCCGCGUGCUGUGACCUGGCCCUCUGUGACCUGGCCUGGUGGUUUGAGGGCCGCUGCUACCUGGUGAGCUGCCCGCGCUCCGAGAGCUGCGAGCCCAGGGAGAUGGGCUCCGUCAGGUCCUACCUCACCUUCGUGGGCAGGCCGGCCCGCAGGCCCUGGCAGCUCCUCCGCUACAGGGAGAUGGUGCUCCGCAGGAGGUCCCCCUCGGGACUCUGGGGGGACUCUCCUGAGGGUCUCAGAAAGGACUUGUCUCCUCUGGGCCCCGCUCUCCGCCUGAGAAGGGCGUCGGAGUACUCCGAUGACUACAGGGACCCUGAGCAAGACCACUUCCAGCCCCUCAGCAAGCAGGAGCCCAGAGGCAGUGCCGAGUACACCGACUGGGGCCUGUUCCCGGGUGGCCCCUCUGCUGGAGACGGCCUGCCCGGGGCCGCCGAGGAGCAGGAGGACCCUGAGUGGGGCCCAGAGGAGAUGUCGGAGUACUCCGAUGACUACAGGGACCCUGAGCAGGACCCCUUCCAGCCCCUCAGCAAGCAGGAGCCCAGAGGCAGUGACGAGUACAUGGACUGGGGCCUGUUCCCGGGCAGCCCCUCUGCUGGAGACGGCCUGCCCGGGGCCGCCCAGGAGCAGAAGGAUCCUGUGCUCCAUCCGCUGAAUGGGUCAGCACGGACCCCGGCCCCAAAACGAUCCUCGGAGAGCAGGACGUCGCUGCCCUGGGUGACAGCUCCACCUUCCAGAGAGGCCUUGGGAAGGGAGACUGUUGGGCUCCAGGACGCAUCUAGCAGUGGCUCUGGGGAAGAGGUGGGCUGGGUAGCUCAGGGUGGGCGGUGCAUGGAGGGGCUGUGCGGGCGGGAGGCCGGGGGCUGGACACAUCAGAAUGUAACCCUCACAGCCUCCGGGAGCCAGACGCAUCUUGUUCCUCUGCUGCGCCUUCGGGACCAGAGUGUGAAAAAGAAACACAUUUCUGCCCUCACAAGCCAGUCAUCUCAUGAUGAUGACUCGGCACUUCUCCCAGGCGUCUGUGACUUCGGGGCUGUAGUCCUUCCACGCGAGCAGCAGCUGUGCCCUGCGCACCCAGCGCUCCCGAAUGUGGAGAUUCCCUCUUUCAGCCAGGCUGCGUCCGCUCAGAGCAAGACGAGCAUGCGCACGCCUUACUCGAGCCUCAGUGAGCAGCCCCCUGACGAAUACUGGAGGCGGGCAGAGUGUGACAUUCCUCCAGGAAACUCCCAGCUGUCUUCAGAAAGUACAGAUGACACUAAAAUCGUGAGUUAUCGCUGGGAAGAAAUUAGUGGCCCCUCCCGAGAGAAGAAGACCCCAGCUGACUCCCCUGUCUUCCAUCUGUCUAACCUCAUCCCUGGAAACUACACUUUCAGACUGACUGUUACAGACUCGGAUGGAGCCACUAACUCCACAACUGCAGCCCUCAUAGUCAACAGUGCUGUGGACCAUCCUCCAGUUGCUAAUGCAGGACCAGAUCAGACCAUAACUUUGCCCCAAAACUCCAUCACUUUGAAUGGAAACCAGAGCAGUGAUGAUCACCAGAUUGUCGUCUAUGAGUGGUCCCUGGGUCCAGGGAGUGAGAGCAAAGAGGUGGCCAUGCAGGGCGUCAAGACGCCAUACCUUCAUUUGUCUGCCCUGCAGGAAGGAGACUAUACAUUCCAGCUGACGGUGACGGAUUCUUCAAAGCAGUAGUCCACGGCUAUGGUCGCUGUGACUGUCCAGCCCGAAAGCAACAGGCCUCCAGUGGCUGUGCCUGGCCCCGACAAGGAGCUGAUCUUCUCAGUGGAGAGCACCACGCUAGAUGGCAGCAGGAGCACGGAAGACCAGGGCAUCGCCCUCUCCCACUGGGAGCACGUCAGAGGCCCCGGCGCCAGGCAGGUGGACGAUCCCGAUGAGGCCGUAGACGCCGUGCGGGCGCUCCAGGCGGGUGCCCACCGCUCCCGUGUGACCGUGACGGACCUGCAGGGGCUGAGCGGCACAAGUACCCUCACCAUGGCCGUGAGGAAGGCAAACAACAGCCCUCCCAGAGCCCAUGCUGGUGGCCACCGUGUGCUUGUGCUGCCUAGUAACGGCAUUACCUUGGAUGGUUCGAGGUCUACGGAUGACCAGGGAGUUGUGUCCUACCUGUGGGUCCGGGACGGCCAGAGCCCAGCCGCCGGGGAUGUCAUCGGCGGCUCCGACCACAGCGCGGCCCUGCAGCUUACCAAUCUGGUGGAGGGCGUCUACACGUUCCGCUUGCAAGUCGUUGACGGUCAGGGGGCCUCGGACACGGACACAGCCACCGUGGAAGUGCGGCCAGACCCCAGGAAGAGUGCACUGGUGGAGCUGAUCCUGCAGGUGGGCGUGGGGCAGCUGACCGAGCAGCAGAAGGACACCCUCGUGAGGCAGCUGGCAGCCCUGCUGAAUGUGCUGGACUCAGAUGUUAAGGUUCAGAAGAUCCAGGCCCACUCAGACUUCAGCACCAUCAUUGUGUUUUACAUCCAGAGUGGGCCGCCUUUCAAGGUUCUCAAAGCUGCUGACGUCCGAAAUUUGCACAGAUGGCUCUCAAAAGAGAAGGCUGAUUUCUUGCUUUUUGAAGUCUUGAGGAUCGACACAGCAGGCUGCCUUCUGCGGUGCUCAGGCCACGGCCACUGUGACCCCAUCAUGAAGCGCUGCGUGUGUUCCCAGCUGUGGAUGGAGAACCUGACUCAGCGUUACCUCCAGGAUGGGGAGAGCAACUGCGAGUGGAGUGUGUUCUACGUGGCAGCGUUGGCUCUCACUGUCCUCGGGCUGACCGGGGGCGUACCCUGGCUUUGCCUCUACUGCAGGAGACGAAAAAGGACUAAAAUAAGAAAGAAAACCAAGUAUACCAUCCUGGACAGCAUGGACGAGCAGGAGAGAAUGGAGCUGAGGCCCAAGCACGGUAUUAAACACCGAAGCACGGAGCACAACUCCAGCCUAAUGGUGUCCGAGUCGGAGUUUGACAGUGAUCAGGACACCAUCUUCAGCAGAGAGAGGAUGGAAAGAGGGAAUCCAAAGGUUUCCGUGAAUGGGUCCCUCAGAAAUGGCGCUCCCUUCAGCUAUUGCUCAAAGGACAGAUAA